CACUUGCAAUUUCAGAAGCAGACGCAUAUUUGAUCUCUCCCGAAAGUCAACAACGGACAUAUAUUAUUGCUCCAUUUGAACGGCGAAUCCCGUACCCGAUCCCUCUUGACAUAUCUACGGCGUGCUUGAAGUCCAGUCGGGGAGUCGGUCACCAUCAUCACCGGCGGAAUUACAGACGGACUCGCUACGCCCACCGAUGGCCCCCAACGCUGCCCAGCGUUGCGGCCCACAGACGCCCCCCAACGCUGCCCAGCGUUGCCCCGUGGCCCCUUUGUACGUCGGGGACCUUCGUGAAGAUGUCACGGAGGGAAUGCUCUUCGACGUAUUCAGCGCUGCUGGACCCAUCCGGUCCAUAAGGGUGUGCCGGGAAAAGACCACCCGCCGCUCUUUUGGCUACGCAUAUGUGAACUUCCAGCAGCAGGCUGACGCUGAGCGUGCCCUGGACAUCCUCAACUUCGAGGAGAUCAACGGCAGGCCUGCACGUAUGAUGUGGUCCCAGCGUGACCCCUCCGUAAGGAAUAGUGGAGCGGGAAACAUAUUCAUUAAAAAUUUGGAGAAGUCCAUCGACGUUAAGGAUCUUUUUGAUACUUUCUCUGUUUUUGGCAACAUCCUAUCCUGCAAGGUGCCCUGUAAUGAGGAUGGCUCCUCCAAGGGCUAUGGCUUUGUGCACUAUGAGACCCAAGAGGCGGCAGAGAGAGCCAUUGCGAAAAUGAACGGCCUGCUGCUCAACGAUCAAAAAGUGUUUGUGGGCCCCUUCAAGUCCCGCCAGGACCGUGAAACCGAACUUGGCGCCCGUGCCAAGGAGUUCACUAAUGUUUACAUCAAGAACUUCGGCGAGGACAUGAAUAAUGAGAGGCUGCGCCAUAUCUUUGGCAAGUUUGGCCCCACUUUGAGCAUAAAGGUUAUGGUUGACAAUAGAGGCAAAUCGAAGGGCUACGGAUUCGUGGAUUUCAAGCAUCACAAGGAUGCUCAAAAGGCCAUAGACGAGAUGAACCACAAGGAGCUAAAUGGAAAAGUAGUCUAUGUGGGCCCUGCCCAGAGGAAGGGGCAGCGCCAGAGAGAACUGCAGAAUAAAUUUCGCCAAAUGAAGCAGGACGGCCUGACCAGCUCACAGGGCCUCAACUUAUAUGUGAAAAACCUGGAGAAGAACCAGGGUGACGAGUGCCUGUGUAAGAUGUUCUCGCCGUUUGGAACCAUCACCAGCGCCAAAGUGAUGGCGGAGGGCGGCCGCAGCAAGCGCUUCGGAUUCGUGUGUUUCUCCUCUCCCGAGGAGGCCACCAAGGCUAUUGUGGAGAUGAAUGGUCGCACUGUGGCCACCAAGCUGCUGUACGUGGCCCUGGCCCAGCGCAAGGAGGAGCGCCAGGCCUACCUGACCCACCAACACAUGCGGAGGAUGGCCAACGACGUGCGCACCACUUUCCCUCAGGCCCAGAACCAUGCUGCCUCCUACCAGCCCAGCCAGCUGGCUCAGCUGCACCCUGGCCCCCGUCCGGCUACUCAGGACAUGCGCCCCCAGCAACUCCAGGGGAUGCCAGGCACCACCAUGCGCCCAUACGGCUCUCGUCUCCAGACCCUCCACAGCAAGAGACCCGCCGCUGCCCAGGUGCCACCCAUGAUGUCCUCUCAGUGCAACACGCCUCAGACUCCGGUCAUCUGCCCAGGCAGCGGCCCAGGUGCCGCUCGUGCCCCAGCUGCCAUCCCCGCCCCAGUGGGCCAGGAGCCUCUCACCGCCUCCAAGCUGGCAGCCCUUGACGUUGAGGCCCAGAAGUAUACACCGGGCAUGCGCCUGUUCCCCUUGAUCGAGACCAUGCAGGCCAACAAGGCAAAGAAGAUCACCGGCAUGCUGCUGGAGCUUGACAACCUUGAGUUGCUUCACAUGCUCGAGCACCCGGAGGCCCUGCGCUCCAAGGUGGAUGAGGCCGUGGCUGUGCUGCAGGCCCACCUGGCCGAGCAGGCAGCCCAGAAGCCCGUGACCAGCACAGCGGUGGCCGUCUAAAGACAUGGACUGGGAAUACGGCACAGACAAACCAGCAGACUGUUUUUAAAAGACAAUAAGCAAACACAACAUGGAAAAAUUUGUCACCAUCAACACAAUUCACCAUCACAUUCUUCAUGCUGGAAAUUAAAAUUCAAAAUUAUAAUAAUAAAAAAAAACCCUUACC